AAAGCAUGGCUUGUAUAUCUAGGUCCCUGUCAGAUUGCUCUCUCUUAUUUUUCAGAAAACCAGGAAUUGAAAAUCAUGGCUGCGAAGCCCAAACUUCAUUACUUCGAUGGAAGAGGCAGAAUGGAAUCUGUGCGCUGGCUCUUGGCCGCUGCUGGGGUGGAGUUUGAAGAAGUGAUUUUUGAAACAGCAGAAGAACUUCAGAAUUUAAUUAAGAGUGGGAAACUACUGUAUGAACAAGUGCCAAUGGUGGAAAUUGAUGGAAUGAAGAUGGUACAAACCAGAGCCAUCCUGAGAUAUAUAGCCACAAAAUACAACUUGUAUGGGAAGGACCUGAAGGAGCAACUCCUCAUUGACAUGUAUGUGGAAGGAAUGAGAGAUCUGUACGACAUGAUCAUGUUCCUCCCACUUGCUUUGCCCGAAGAGAGGGAGAAGAACAUUAUCUUUAUCACCGAGAAAGCCACGCAAAAAUUCUUCCCAGUGUAUGAGAAGGUAUUAAAAGAUGGGAAAAAUUACCUUGUUGGCAACCAGCUGAGCUGGGCAGAUGUACAUCUACUCGAACUCAUCUUAAUGGCUGAAGAAUGCAAGUCUGAUAUUCUCUUGGCAUUCCCUAAACUGCAGGAGUUCAAAGCUAGAGUCAGCAAACUCCCCAGGAUUCAGAAAUUCCUUCAGCCUGGUAGUGCAAGAAGGCCACCAAUGGAUGAUGCAGGUAUUGAAGCUGCAAAGAAGAUUUUCAAGCUUGAAAAAGGCAUGUUUCUUAAGUACUCAAGUACCAUAUUAGCUGAAUUCUAGUCAUGCCCACAAAAAUACUAGGAUGUGCUCCUGCAGCAUUUCUAGUUUCAAUAACUAAUAAAUAUGAUGCCUCUUUAUAGAGUUUGUUAUAAAUUGGAAAACCUAAUCUUUACAUUGCUUUUUAUAAAAUUUCGUUUAAUUAAAACUUCAUCUUACUCAA